AUGAAGGGAAUUAUAGAUUUGAAUGGAGACCUUAAAGAGCGAAAACAAGUGGUGGUAAUAAUUGAAACACUUGCCUACCUUCUGAUUAUUACGUUCACAGUCAUUGGAAACUCAUGUGUUCUUCUGGCAGUUUAUAAGAAUGCACGGCUACGUACGAUUCCCAACUUUUUCAUAGUCAUCCUGGCUGUGUCCGACAUACUCCUUCCACUGACAUGUGCCCCUCAGUCUAUUGUAACGACGAUUCUCGGACGCUGGCCAUUCAAUGAAUAUGUUUGCCAAGCGCAAGGUUACUUUGUUAUAGUAAUGGCUUGUGCAUCACUACAGACAUUAACACUGACUGCAAUCAAUCGAUUCUACAGAAUAGUGCGAACCAGACAUUACAGAAGGGUCUUUACCAAGAAGAAUACCAUUUUUAUGAUUGCACUUUGUUUCGGCUUGGCUUGCCUGGAGCCAAUUCCGUAUCUGUCUUCUGGAAGACGCUACGUGUUUCAUCCUGGAAAGCUGUUUUGCUUUCAGACGAAUGAAAUCUCAGUUCCACAUUUCAUCGUCUAUCUUUACGUUGGCGUACCAACCGUCACCCUUAGUAUUUGCUAUUUUCUGGUCUUUAAGAAACUUCGAGGCCACCAACGAACUGUUCAAAACAAUCUACAGUUGGCUUCUAAGUCUGAAGAGAUUUCUCAGAGGGAUGUUAGAGUGACCAAAAUUCUCUUUAUCACCGUCCUCGGUUUUCUUUCUUGCUGGACCCCAAUAGCCAUUAUAGACUUUGUGGACACGUUUCGAGGGGAAGCUUCAUUUCCGAGGGAGGUGUACUAUCUUUACCUCCUUCUUGGAAACUUAUCGGGUUGCAUAAAUCCGAUUGUAUACGGAUUGCUGAAUAAAAACUUCAGAGACGAGUAUAAAAAUCUAUGUUUCUGUACGACUAGGAGACAGCGAAUUGUUAAUGUACAAGAAACCUCAACUAUCGCAUCUCUAAAAACUAGCUCGCUGUAA